AUGCUAGCGCGCAUUCACGCACGCGCGCAUGAUUUGGCAAGCGCAAGGCUUGGCCGUAAACGGGGUCAAGCUGCCUGCUGCAUAUGCAGCUUGGCUCUAACGCACGUGAUGCCGGCGAUGAGAAUGCAAGGAUUAGCUGCAAUGAAGCGUUUGCUCGUUUGGUUUGUGCGACAACGAAAAGCCGCUAACCGUUUGCCGGCAUUAGCUUUUUUGAAUGGAUUGGGAGGAAGCCCUGCUGUUUUAGCGCAAAAACUCCUCGUCAGGUCUGGGAUGCGGCCUGGGCUAGGGGAAAAGGUUGUGAUGUUUAUCAAAGCGUCUCGAGAGACGCACUCAGGGGAACUGGUGCUCAUAAUCCGACCUAAUGUUUAUGUUAGUGAGGAUAGUACUGAGGAACCAGACUUGAUGUAUAUACCUGAAACUCAUCAAAUCACAAGUACAAUGUCUGGGGCCAACACUCUCCAGGCUUCCAUGAUGUUACUACAGGAAAGCCUGGAGAGUGGGGCAGCCAUGGCACAGUUUGAGCAACUUUACAGGAAAAAACAUGGUUUAACAAUGAAUGCUGCCCGAUUACCUGCCAAUAUCCCCAAAAAUAGAUAUAGAGAUGUGUCACCUUAUGACCAGACCCGAGUGAUAUUGAAAGGCAGUCAAAAUGGAGAUUACAUAAAUGCUAAUUUUGUAAAUAUGGAAAUCCCUGGUUCAGGGAUUAUUAACCGGUAUAUUGCUGCCCAGGGUCCACUUCCCAACACCUGUGCUGAUUUUUGGCAGAUGGUGUGGGAACAGCACUGUACUUUGGUAGUUAUGCUUACCACCAAAGUUGAACGAGGACGGGUAAAAUGCCACCAGUACUGGCCUGACUUAUAUGAAACAACUGACUUUGGUACAAAUCAAGAACGGCAUAUUAAACAUAUGCAGUACAUUGCCUGGCCAGAUCAUGGAGUACCUGAUGAUCCUGCUGACUUUUUAGAUUUUGUCAUCAGGGUGCGUAAGAACCGAAUAGGAAUGGUGGAGCCAACUGUGGUCCAUUGCAGUGCUGGUAUUGGUCGAACAGGUGUGCUAAUCACUAUGGAGACAGCAAUGUGUUUGGUAGAAGCCAAUCAAACAGUAUUCCCACUGGCAAUAGUUCGACAGAUGAGAGACCAGAGGGCAAUGCUAAUACAGACAGCUAGUCAAUACAAAUUUGUCUGUGAAGCUAUUUUGCGGGUAUACCAUGAGACAAUAGUGCGUCCCCUUGAUGACUAUCAACGAUGA